AUGGCAAAUGGCCCAUUAAUUAUCUGGACCAGAGUGUUCAUCGCAGUGGUUUGCUUCAACGGAUACAAAUGGUCAUGGGAUGCCCUUUAUCCUAGAAAGGCAACAGUACCUAUAAUAUUUACAGACAAUAAGCAAAGUACUCAAGACCCCACAUUUGUCAGCUUUGGCUUCAAAUUCAGAACCCAUUUGGGUGGUGACAAGACAACAGGGUUUUUCAUAAUCUAUAAUCAUGUAAACCACACCGAGAAAAAGCUGCACACCAAACUUGCAAGAUAUGACCCGUAUGAGAAGAAAAAGACCUUACGAGAACACUGA